AUGGAGGGUGGCCAGGGCGAGUCCAGUUACAUCAACAACAGCCAAUCUCAGUCCCGAAACCUGAAAAUGAUGCUGUACGCCCUUGAGGAGACGCUGGACAAGAUCCAGCUCCCUCGUCACCGGCCGGGGAAAAAGCCGCUACUGACGGCCGCCGACCUGGGAUGCUCAUGCGGCCACAAUACGCUCCUCAUCGCGGACGUGAUCGUCGACCACAUGACCAAGUUGUGUGGCACCGGCUCCCUUAAGUGUUUAAAUGAUUUAAUUAUUACACAGGUGCCAGAGGGAGUCGCCGACAAGCGAUCACCGGCAUACAAUAAAGGUAAGGUGUUCGUGCAUGGUGCCUCUGAGGAGACGGGCGCGGCAUACCGGCGACAGUUCCAGUCUGACAUGAUGCGCUUUCUACACUGUCGCGCCGCCGAGCUGAAGACUGGUGGUGCCAUUUUCAUCGUCAGCCUUGGCCGCCUGUCGUCCACCUGUGGCCCCACGGAUCAAGGCUACAUCUAUGAAGUGUAUGGCGUCAUGUUCGACGACUCAUGGCGUGACCUCAUCGAAGAGGGGAUGGUCGACGGCGAGAAGAUGGACAGCUUUAAUGUCCCCCUUUAUGCUCCUACAGUGGAAGAGUUCAAGGAGGUUGUGGACGCCGACGGCUCGUUCAAGAUCAACGAGUUGGAGAUCGUGAUGGCAAGCCCUCCUGUCGUGGAUGAUCCCGCUGACCGCGGCAUGGCCGGGCGCAUGGUGGCAAACUACGUGCGCGCCCUCCUCGGGCUACUCAUCGACACGCACAUCGGCGGGGUGAUGGCUGAUGAGCUAUUCAUCCGAAUGCAGCGCCACGCGGAAAUACGUGCCGAGGAGCUCAUGGAUGAAAUAUGCUUCCCCCAUAUUCUAUGCUCACUUUCACUGGCGUAAUGGAAUUUACGAAUGUAUUAUUGGACGGUCUUUAUAUGAAAACUGAGU